CCUGCUUUUAAUGGCGGCAUAUUGACUGAAGACAUUUCAUUAUAAACAGGAAGAUAAAUACUAAUAGUCUCUGUCUAUACAAUUUUUUUAUUAUAAGAUAUUAGCGAUGAAAACGCAAAUAAAACUUAGAAUCUAUUUCUAGAGAGCUGUAAAUAUGUCUUUAAACUCACCUCAAAGAGUACGCAUUGUCCCAAGUGGGCAAAUUUAUCGACAGUUGUUUGAUGCACAGCUUCUGCUGAAUCGGAGUUUAUCCCAUUAUGGCACAGAAGCCCAUUCCAACCAAAAUAAACUCAAGGCAAUAUCUGCAAGUUACCCAGUCAUUCAUAUAGAUAAGGAUGAAACACAUCAAGGCCUUCUUUCAAAGAGACAGAAAAACUGGAUGAAAGGGUCACCUAAUGAUCCCUACACUGAAAAUCCAGUUCUGUACAGACAGUUUAGUGACUAUACUAAAUGGAAACUGCAAGAAUCAAAAGCAGUGGAUUCUCAUCAAGAAGUUAGAGGAUUGCCUGACAAAUUAGCUACAGUCAAGUUAAAAUCCAAUAUUAUUGAAAGAAUUGGAGAAACACAAAGACAAAGACAUGACUCAGCCUUGGAAGCUCUGCACCAAGAUCUAAGCAUCAUAAGCAAUGAAAAGGAACCAUUAAUAGAAGAAAUAUCAAUACAAGUUUUACAAAAGCUACUUUCUGAUGAGCAGGAAAUAAAUGAUGUCCUUUCACAAAUUGAAAAUAAUGAG